UCUCUAUAAAUAUGGCCAUAUUUAGCGAUUGAAUUUCUUGGCUCUCAAGAUAGACGGAGAGUUCUCUAGAACUCGAGAGAGGCGAAGGAAAAAAAAGGGAUUUAUCUCCAAGAUUAGAGCGACAACGUACGUGAGGAGGUCUAGAAGGAGUCAAAGAGGAGGAUGGCGAUGGAACAAGAAAGAAAAAAGAGACAGAGAAGGAAGCGUGGUUGUCCAAACUCUGUUGCAGACACAAUCUCUCGCUGGAGAGAGCAGAACAAUCAACCUGAUGCACAAAAACGUAUUCAACGUGCACCCGCAAAGGGAUCGAAGAAAGGAUGCAUGCAAGGCAAGGGAGGCCCAGACAACCCGAAUUGCAGAUACCGCGGUGUAAGGCAGCGCACUUGGGGGAAGUGGGUAGCUGAAAUUAGAGAACCGAACGGCAUUAGUCGACUGUGGUUGGGAACAUUUCCAACUGCAGAGGAAGCUGCACUUGCAUAUGAUGAGGCUGCAAGAGCUAUGUAUGGACCUUAUGCACGCCUCAAUUUGCCUGACAGUCAUGUUGCAACUACUGAAUCAAGUGCAACGACGACGAUGUCACGUCAUUCGGAAGCUAGUGUUUGUGACACUGAGAAGGUGGAAUUGAUGCGGCCAAAGGUUGAACAGAUUGAUAUGUCUCAGAAUGAUAAAUUGUCAUCGAGAAUAGACCCUACGAGCGUCUUGAAAUGUGAACAAAAAAUGGAGCAUGAUCAGGUUGGAGAUGAUUGGCAGGUCGAUGACUUCUGCCUGGAGGAUCUGUUGGAUGCAAAUUUUGGUGUCGCAGAUGGCGCAGAUUACAGAUUAGAGUGGAAUGAUAGCGGAACUUAUAAUUGGGUGGAACAUGAUGCUGCUUAUAUGCCAUUCUACCUUCAGAAUCCUGAAGAAAGAAUGUUUGGGUACCUUACCGAGAUGCAACAAGGUCAUUUUGGGUUUGAUCCUGGGUCACUUCCCGAGACGCAACAAGAUCAUCUUGGGUUCGAUCCUAGUGACUUUAUGAUAUGGCCUUCUGAAGAAAACUAGUGAGCUGGAUCGAUCUGAGGUUUUAAAGCUGCAUGGAUUAGGAGUUUUGCUUUGGGAAUUUGCAAAAUGGUUUGCCGUUCAUGCUUUUGGUGAUGCUUUGUAAAUGUCUGGUGGCGGGUUUGGAUGAAUACACGAUUCAUUCACAAAUUUUGUAUUGGAACUUGCUGGUUUUUCCCAUUUUAAACGAGGAAAAAUAGCGCGUUCGAUAUUUUUGCUAUCAUAUUUAUAGUUCAAUAUUUUGGCGUGGCGCCUCUGGUUGUAUAACAUGAAUGGAGAAAUGAUCAUGUGCUAUUUUUUGUUUUCU